CAUAAAAUUUAAAAAUCGACAAACAGCUAGCUGAUAGUUCCAGUCUCAUCCUAAAUAAAUUUAAAUUCAUCAUUAUCGAUGAUAAAGAAUGAUCUCACAAUGCGCUAGGAGAUAAGGUUUAAAGUAUUUAAUAAAUGUUCGAAUAAAUGUGCGGAAUGAAGGUUCUCUGAGACCAAAAAAACUUUUUCGAAAUGGUGUCUUGGUUAUUGCCCACAACCAAACGUACCUACGAGCUCAAAGAUGACGAGGAAACCCCAUUUUGUGAGAAAUACAGACAGUUGGACGAGUUUCACGACGAGGAGUUGGCCAAACUGAAUGUAAACAGAGGAGUGAGGAGGUUUGCUGUGCUUUGGGAGCCUAUCAAAGAUCGCAACAAGUCCAUACCUGUGUUUAUCAAGAGUGAAAAGGAUAAGGAGCAGAUCAAAUACGCCAUAGAAAAUGACGAUUUCCUCGCCAAGGUCAUUGUUGGAAAACGCUUGCAGAAGGUCAUCGAUGCCAUGUACGUGAGUGAGGUGAAAGAGAAAGAGAAGAUCAUCCGAGAAGGGCGACAAGGAAAGCAUUUGUACAUAGUAGCCAGUGGAAAAUUCCAAGUAUCAACAGAAGAAAAGGGAGUUGUCAACACCUUAAGUGUAGGAAAGGUGUUUGGAGAACUCGCCAUCUUGUACAACGCUAGAAGACAGGCAACUGUCAAGGCCACAAUGCCAAGCAAAGUGUGGGUCUUAGACCGGGAAAUCUACCAGUCCAUAGUCAGCAUCUACAACGUAGAAGAAAAAAAAGAAAGGCUGAAAUUCCUUCUUGAAUGUCCGGUUUUGAAACAAGUUGAUGAGGAUGUUCUAAAGAAGGUGGCAGAGUUCCUCCAGAAGGAAUACUUUCCUGCUGGUAAGGUGAUAUUUAGAGAAGGAGAGCCUGCAGACAAAUUCUAUAUUAUAACUGCCGGUACAGCAGCUAUCGUAACCAACGAAGAAGGUCUCAAAGGAUAUCUAUAUAAAGGCAACUGCUUUGGGGAGAGAGCUAUCCUUUCCCAAGGCUGCAGACAAGCCACAGUUAUCUCCAAAGACACCGGCGUGGAGUGCUUAACACUCUCCAUCCAACAUUUCAUGAACCACUUUGGUAACGUCAGAGACAUUACCAAAGUGUCUUUACCAGCCUUGCCACAGAAAAAUCUAGAGGUUCAACAGCGAUCUGAACGGUACAAGCACCUAAGAGCUUCUGAUUUCAAGAUUGUACAGGCUAUUGGCGAAGGUGGUUUUGGUGUGGUCGAAUUCAUCCACCACAAGAAAGACCCUACGAUUACCUAUGCGCUUAAACGGCUGAAAAGAGCCAGGAUGGUAAAGGAGAAGCUAUACAAUCACAUAAAAAACGAAAAAGAUAUCCAAAUAGCUUGCGAAUCUCCUUUUAUAGUUGAGCUGUACAAAACCGACAAGGAUAAGAAGUACCUGUACUUCUGGCUUGAGAUGUGUCUUGGUGGAGAGGUCCACAACUGGUUAUCGAACCAGAGAAGAAGCAGGUUCGACGAACCAACAGCUAAGUUUGUGGCCGGGUGUCUUCUAGAGGCUCUAGUCUACCUGCACGAUCGUGGAAUAAUCUAUAGAGACAUAAAACCUGAGAACUUGUUGAUAGACAGUAAAGGUUAUGUGAAGUUGGCUGAUUUUAGUUUUGCGAAGAAGUUAAACCCUCACGAAAGGACGUCUACGUUUGUUGGUACCCCUGAGUAUGUGGCUCCUGAAAUUUUGGCCUCAAUGGAGUACGAUAGGGCUGUGGAUCUUUGGGCUUUCGGUGUUCUUAUCUUCGAACUGUUGAAGGGUUCUAGCCCCUUUUCAGACAAAUACAAUAACACGACAACAAUAUACAGGAAUAUUCAAAGAGGUUUCAGCAAAGUGAAGAUCCCUUCCUUCUUCAGCGUUGAUGUUAUAUCGAUUCUGAUCAAUUUGUUACGUCAUAACCCUGAAGAGAGGUUAGGUUACCAGGUAGGGGGCACGGGAGUGAUACAGACACACUCUUGGUUCUCGGGCUUCGACUGGGAAGGGUUGAGACAGCUGAAGAUGGUUUCUCCGAUACGUCCAAAGUUGUCGAGCAACUUGGAUUUACGUUAUAUGAGCGUUGUUAGAGGGAAGCAGAGCAUACCGAGCGAAGAUAAAUCUGAUUAUUUUAAGGAUUUCUGAGAUACGUUACUUUAUGGCUGAAUGAAUUGUAUUUCCUGAAAAUAUUAGUUAAAAAAUCAUCACACGAAUUCAAUAAAUUUAGUCAGUUGCCUUUCUCGCGUUUGGUUCAAAUUAAGAUGCAUAGAGAAUGAUGUAGCAUUUUUGGGAGCGCAAAUUUUGAACUUCGCGCCAUUUUGGCUGUCAUAAUGACAACUUGGUUAUGUCAUUGUAAUUGAUUUUCGUAGAGAUUUUUUAUCUAAUGCCCAAAUUGAAUCAAAUCAAUUAUAAAUGCAAAUGAGUCUGUAUUUGGUAAAGAGGUUUUUAAAUAAAUAUUGAAAAUCCUG